GCCUCAUCCCGCUCUGCUGUGGCCACCGUGUUGCCCCGUCUCGCUGUCGCGCGCACUGCCGCUGCCGCCACCGCCAUUGCCGCCGCUGCUGCCAUCCGUCCCGCUCGCUCCCUGCACUCGACCACGACGCGCGCCCGGACACCUGCCGCUGCCGUGUCUGUUACCACCCGCACUGCAGUCCGCUCGUUCAACUCGCUCUCAUCUGCUCAAUUUGGCGAGAUCAAGGUUAUCAAUGUGCCACCAAUGGCCGAUUCCGUCGUCACUGGCGAGCUUGCUCGCUGGGAGAAGGCUGUCGGCGAUUAUGUCAAGCGCGAUGAUUUGAUUGCUGUUAUUGAGACCGACAAGGUCAACAUUGACAUUGCUGCCCCCGAAAACGGCAUUGUUCGUGAGCACCUUGCCGCUGCCGCUUCCGUCGUCACCGUUGGCCAGCCCUUGUUCAAGCUCGAAGUCGGAGUUCCUGCUCCUGCUGGCGCCGCCAAGCCUGCCCCUGCCGCUGCCCCUGCCGCUGCCGCAGCACCAAAGAAGGCCGAGCCUGCCAAGCCCGCCCCCGCCCCCGCGGCCCCUGCUGCCGAGGUUAAGAAGCCCGCUGCCCCUGCGUCGGCUCCUGCUGCUUCCGCUGCUCCCGCCACUUCGUCGUCGGCUGCCGCUGGCACUCGCACCGAGCACCGCGAGAAGAUGAACCGCAUGCGUCUCCGCAUUGCCGAGCGCCUGAAGGACUCGCAAAACACUGCUGCCAUGCUCACCACUUUCAACGAGAUUGACAUGACCAACAUUAUUCAGCUUCGCAACGACCUCAAGGACGAUUUCCAAAAGAAGCACGGCGUCAAGCUCGGUUUCAUGUCCGCGUUCAUCCGUGGCGCAACUGUUGCUCUUCAAGACCAACCCGCCGUCAACGCCGUUAUCGAUGGCACCGACAUUCUCCACCGCGAUUAUAUCGACAUUUCUGUCGCCGUUGCUACCCCGAAAGGCCUUGUCGUCCCCGUCCUGCGAAACUGCGAGAAGAUGGGCUUUGCCGACAUUGAGAAGGCUGUUGCCGCUCUCGGCGAGAAGGCUCGCACUGGUGGUAUUGCGAUCGAGGACAUGGCUGGCGGCACGUUUACCAUCUCGAACGGUGGCGUUUACGGCUCGCUCAUGGGCACUCCCAUCAUCAACCCCCCACAAUCUGCCAUUCUUGGCAUGCACGGCAUUUUCGACCGACCUGUCGCUGUCAAGGGCAAGGUUGAAAUCCGCCCCAUGAUGUACGUUGCUUUGACGUACGACCAUCGCCUGAUCGAUGGCAGGGAAGCCGUCACCUUCCUCCGAAAGGUCAAGUCCGCUGUCGAGGAUCCCCGCACUCUGCUUCUUGACCUCUAAGCAGCAAAAUUCGCAACGCUAUAGUGCAGUCUGAUGCGUCUAAUGUCUGUCAUAGCACGUUGGGCCACUCCCAUAGGUGGUUUUCUUGUUUUCGCUUUCUUUGUCGUUUUGUUUGACGCCUGGGCUGCCUCUUUUAAUCGUCGCUGCUGUAGAACUCGUUCUGUCUUGCCGAUUACAUAUCUUCGAUAGUA